UCUGCGCGGAAGCGGAUGUUAUCGGCGUCACAGGAAUAACACACGAAUGUUGCGUUCCUGCUUCAUAGUUUAAGUCGUUGUAUCAGUUAAUGCGUUCGGAAUUGGUUGGUUGUCAUCAUAUUUAGUCCUGUUUCCAGUAAGUUCUUGUUUUAGUUUCAUUCACGAUGACUCGCCACGGAAAGAACUGCACUGCAGGAGCUGUAUACACGUAUCACGAGAAGAGAAAAGACACGGCGGCGUCAGGAUACGGGACACAGAGCAUUCGUCUGGGGAAAGACGCUAUAAAGGACUUUGACUGCUGCUGCCUUUCCCUGCAGCCUUGCCAGACGCCCGUGCUCACGCCCGAUGGAUACUUGUAUGAAAAGCAGGCCAUCCUGGAAUACAUUCUUCAUCAGAAGACAGAGAUCGCAAAGAAAAUGAAGGCGUAUGAGAAGCAGAAGAAACUGCAGAAGAGCAGCAGUCAGCUCGAAUCCAAGUCAGAGGAAAGAGAGAAAGUUGAGAAGUUCAAAACCCGAGAGAACAGCAUCGUGUCCAAGCCCAUCAAUCCCUUCACUACCGGCGAGCCCAGCAAGAGUGAGGUGAGCGCGACUGAAUCGUCUGCUUCAACCUCCGCCGGGUCCAGUCAGGCCCUGCCCAGCUUCUGGAUCCCUUCCUUGACCCCUGAGGCCAAACCCACCUUGGUCAAGAAACCUAGCAAGACAGUGCUGUGUCCCAUGUCAGGGCGUCCCAUCAAGAUGAAUGAGCUCAUUCCUGUCAAGUUCACCCCCAUCGAUCCCAAUCUGGACCGAGUGGCUCUGUUGACGCGACAGGACCGCUACGUGUGCGCGGUGACCAGAGACACGCUUGGCAACAGCGUCCCCUGCGCCGUGCUCCGCACCUCGGGGGCCGUGGUGACGCAGGAGUGUGUAGAGAAGCUGAUCAAGAAGGACAUGGUGGACCCAGUGAGCGGAGAACAGUUGAGCGAGCGGGACAUCGUCCCCCUGCAGAGGGGAGGGACGGGUUUCGCUGGCUCCGGAGUGGACCUCAGGGCCAAGGAGGCUCGACCAGUCAUGCAAGUGUGAGCUGUGCCUCCAGUCCAAGCUCUUCUGGCAGCGUGGCGCGUGAAGCCAAGGUCGUUUCACCUGCCUUUCUCUUGUGUUUCCCAAAUAAAGUUUCA